AUGAGAAUAAAAAGCGUCAGCGGUGGCCGCCGGCGUAGCAUUACGCCUUCCGUGACUCCCUCCGCCUCUCCCAUUCCUCUUCUCUCCACCGCCCAGGACGACCACAAUGCAACCGUCUACGACAGCGAUAGCACCGGCGAUCACACACCACUUCCCGAUUUCGUUCCCGAUUCCGAACCACCAGAUUCCUUAGACGAUGACAUUUGCAUUAUCUGUAACCAAGCCGGGGGAGCAUUGCUAGUUUGUACCCAAACCGAUUGCCCCGUUAUAGUCCACGUCACAUGCAUCGGUUCCGAACCUAAGUUCGAUGAUUCUAGAAACUUCUUCUGUCCGUAUUGCUCCUACAAGCGAGCGUUGAAGAGAACUAGAGAAUUUAGAGAAAAAACGAUUUUAGCGAAGAAAGCUCUUUCGAGCUUUUUGGAAAAAAGCCAAACAGUGCGUAAGGAUGAUGAUGAUCACAUUGCCGAACCAGAACCGGUUCAGGAUCGUCCGCGCCGGGAUGAACCGAAUGAUUCUGAUUCUGAGGAUUCUGAGGAAAGAAAAGAACUAAAUAGUAAUGAAAAUGAUAAAGAUAAAGGAAAGGUUUCUGUUUCAGGUAGUUCAGUCAGUGAAGCUAAAGAUUCUGACUCGAAUUCUGUCUCCGUGAAUAAAGGUAAUGCCAAUGUCAAUGCCAGAGGCAAACGCAAGGUUGCUUAUGUGAAAAAAUCAUUGUUACCGGUACCAAAAACUGGUGGUGGUGGUGGUGGUGGUGGUGAUGAUGAGGAGGAGGAAGUUACCAGCUCUAGAACUUUAAGUGUACAAAAGCAAGUGACGAACCAGAAUUUGCUGACUGGAAAGCGUAGGAGAUUGCUCUGGACAAAUGAAGAAGAGAAAGUUCUCAAGGAAGGAGUGUUGAAGUACUCAACUGAAAAGCAGAAUAUCCCUUGGAGGAAAAUUUUAGAAUUUGGUUGCCGUGUCUUUGAUAAGACUCGGACUCCUGUUGAUCUCAAGGAUAAAUGGAAGAACAUUAUCUCCAAGGAAGGAUACACGUAG